UACAACCGGUCAUAAGGGGCAGUCGGAGUGGAUGAGCCUGAGCCGAGCCGACAGCGGUGUCUUCUCCAGGGAUCACUGUCCUCCUCCGCCGCCCCCCGCCCCCACUUCCGACCUGAAGCGGGAGUCGGGUGUCCCGGAGCAGGGAUGCUUCGAUCUGUCUGCUUGUAAGCUCCCGGGGAAUGGAUCAGGAAUCCGGUGCGGCGUCGUCCGCGGGGAGCUUCAUCUCCCUGACGGAGCACGAGCAGCGGCUCUACUCGGCGCUGCACGGCCGCUGUCAGGCGGACGCCGCCGGGAAGCUGUCGUCCGGCAAGGUGGCGGAGCUGUUCAAGGCGUCCCAGCUGCCCCCCGAAGCCCUGCACAAGGUGACCGAGGUGUGCGGAGCAAAGCGGCUGGGUUACUUCGGCACGCCGCAGUUCUUCGUGGCCCUGAAGCUGCUGGCGGCCGCCCAGUCCGGUCUCCCCGUUCGCCUGGAGAGCGUGACGGCCAAUCUACCUCUGCCCAGAUUUGUUGGGCUGAAGAGUGAGCCGGAGAUGCGAUACGCGACCCUCCCUGCCAGCAUAGAGGGUCCGGGGGCUCAGUGCGGGGCGGCACCCGCUGCUGUCUCAUGGACGCCAGCUGACAGGAGCACCUCGAGACACCCGGAGGCCAACGUGGAGAAGAAGGAGCCGCGGUCCCCACCACGAUCGCCCUGCAGCUCACCAGCCCACUCCCCGCUGACCUACCGCAGCUACCCAUACGCCAAGCCCAAAGACGGCGCAGACUCGCAAAUGACCUAUGAAAGCAAACAGUCCCCGCGGCCGAUCGCUAAGCUGGAGCAGCAGCACUCCUCACCCAUGAACUAUGGGACCAAAGCCCCUGCAGAACAUCCUGCGAUGGCUCGGGCUUCUUCAGCGGAGAGGCUGGCCCAGCAGGGUGCGGGGGACUCCCCCGGUGAUGACCCCUGGAGGAUCACAGAGGAACAGCUGGAGUACUACACGAAUCAGUUCAGGAGCCUUCAGCCCGACCUGGGGGCUCUCAUCCUGGGAGCUGUUGCAAAACACUUCUUCACUAAAUCCAAGCUCCCGAUACCAGAACUCUCCCACAUUUGGGAGUUGAGUGACGUGGACAGAGAUGGAGCGCUCACGUUCUCUGAGUUCUGCACAGCCUUUCACUUGAUCGUGGCCCGCAAGAACGGCUACCCUCUCCCAGAGAGCCUUCCUCCGUCGCUGCAGCCCGGCUUCACGCAGCAGGAAGAGGACAUCCCGGAUACUCCCGAAAGUGCAGAGGCUCUUAUUGUCUUUGAGGAAGCAGAGCCACGGCCCAAUCAGAUGGAUCGAAGCAUCAUAGAAAGGAUCCAGCCAAGUUUGGCAACGACAAAACAGGAUUUGAAGGAGGAAUCCUGUAAGAAAGCUGCCUUGGCAUGCACACAUACUGUAAAAAGAAAAACACGCACAAGCAAAGUCUACACCAUCGUCCCUCCGGACCAUUUCAGAAAAGAAAAGAAACGAGGGGGAGACAUGCUGGGAGACAAUGCGAGUUUGACGAGGAUGACAACACCCCAAAGGAAGCAGACUCUACAGCUGGGUGCUUUCCCCGAGCGGCCAGAACCGCCUCAGCACCUGGACCCACAGAUGAGGACGAAAACGAGACCCAGGUCCUACUCCAGCACUUCUAUCGAAGAUGCGAUGAAGAAGGCGGAGGAGCCUCCGACGCCCCCACCUCGGCCCCAGAAAUCCCACUCCAGAGCCUCCUCGCUGGACCUCAACAAGCUCUUCCAGCAGGGCGCUCCAGGGGUGAAAAGCGGAUGGCCGCUGCCUCCUCCAGCCCUCCCGCCGAGACCGUCAACCUCGCAGGUUUCUCAUUUUAUCAACGCUUCGGAGAAAACACCCCCGAAUAAAGUGCAGCAGCCGAACUUUGCCGACUUCAGUCACUUCAGAGAAGAGGAGGAGAGCUGUGUAAAACCAGAGGAACCUGGUCCACGAUCUAGAUUUGGUCCAAGUACCGAAGACCUGACAAAUGCCUCAAAACAGGACGUUUGUCCCAGUCAGGCGCCACAGAAACCAGUCCGCAGGAAGUACCACCCAGAGAGCCAGAACCCAGAGGCCGCACCUCCACCUGCCGCGUCGUUCCCUCCCACCGCCAAACCUGCUCAAAAGCUGCUGUCGGGACAGAAGAGGGAGAUCCAGAUGGCGAUCCGCAAGAACAAGGAAAGCAACGCGGUGCUGACACGCCUCAACAGUGAGCUCCAACAACAACUCAAGGUGGUUCACCAGGAGAGGGUCACCUUGGAGUCCCAGCUGGAACCACUGCGGCCUUUGGCCUCGACGUGACGGAGCUUCAGGUCCGGUGAGAGCCACGUUGCCGGUGUCUCUAUCGAACAAGAAAUGUUCGAGCCAAGAUACAGGAAGUGGUGACUGCUACAGUAAAUGUGAAAGGGCUGACGAUGGAAACAAAGGUGCAUUGUAGACAUACAGGGAUGUGAUUACGCUCCACGGCCAAACGUUCCUUUGAAGGAUUUUUAUUGCAGUUUUGCAGGGUUAAACCAUGUAUUUUUUUUUAAAUCAUGUAAAAUAUCCUGUUAUUCAUAGUGACAUUCUAACUUAUUUUUCUCUUUUGUGUUACUAUUAGUUUAUCACAUAAAACGUACCUUACUUUACAAUAUAUGUAAAAGUUUUGUGCACAUAUUUCCAUGACUUUGAUUAAUGCUCUGUGUCAAUGGGAACUAAUGUACUCUUUUUUCAUUUUUGUGUAUUUCAUGGUCUAAAGCAAGUGACGGUGCUACAGUUUAGUUUGUGAAUUUGAUUAAUUUUUUUUGCACUUUUGUGAGGGUCUAUGUUAGAAAAUGCCACACGAGAUAUGAGCUGAGUUUGAUUAGUUACACACUGAUGGUGAUGUCUGUUGUCAGACUGUAGCACUGACCCUUGUGACGAUCAGGACUCUGAAGAAUGUUGACACUGGAUUAGUGUGAAAUAUGUACAUUUUACAUGGCUCAGUCUUUAAUUUAAUUGGUCUCUGUUAGAAAUGAAAACUGCUGCAUUUUUAAAUUACCUUAUUUUUUAUUAUCAUAUGAAUUCAUUUCCCCACUGCAUCCACUCUGUCACAGUGUCUCUCAAGUUUGGGGGGUUAAAAAGGAUCAACAAAAGCCAAACCAGAGAAACUGCUAAAAUUUUAAAAAAGCAAAGAAAAAAAAAGGGCACAAUAUUCCUCUCAUGUUUUGCAAGAUAGAUUUCAAAACAGCUAAUGUCUGUAUAAGCACAUGUGGUUUUGAUUUUAUCUAUGCAAAGCUUUGAGCUUGCUUUAGACCAUUUGUACCCAAACAUCUAGGUUGUUACUGAUGAUGAAUGAAGUGGUCUGAUUACACGACGGCAUGCUUGGGACUGCACGUUUGCGAAAAAUUUGAUGUGAGCUUUGGACUGUAAAUGAACCUGAAGACAUGCACAACUGAGCUCUGGGCGGAAAACAAUUAUCAAACUAAUCAAUAAAAAGGUGUCUAUUUUUA